AUCAUCAGGAAUGAUUGUGAUCCAGAAUGUGGGGCCCGGCUCCCCAUCGAGGAUCAAGAGACAGUGGGUGAAAAGGAUUAAGUGGGGUGUCCUCUUGGGGCUGAUGGUCCUCAUCUACGGCUCUCAUGCACCACUCAUCACUCUCACCAAAGUAGAAGGUCAAGUCCCUUUCAGCUCCUCCUCGUGUGUUGUAAUGAUUGAAUUAGCUAAACUCCUCAUCUCUCUGGCGACGCUUGUUCUAACUGCUGGUGCAUCAGCUUUACGCGCUCCUCCACGACUAGUCCUAGUGGCCCCAUAUGCUGUCCCCGCUGUGCUCUACGCCCUCAACAAUAACCUGGUCGUUAUUAUGCAGGCCUACAUGGAUCCCAGCUCAUACCAAGUCCUCUCUAAUCUUAAAAUCGCCUCCACUGCUCUGCUGUACUCCCUCUGUUUGGGCAAAAGGCUGCGGCCCGCUCAGUGGUUUGCCUUGGGGCUCCUCAUGGUCGCGGGGUUGUUCCACAGCUACAGCAGCUUGGAUCUAGAGGACCCCGAGAGAGUUGAGUCUGAGGGAGGUCCCAGGCUUCACAUCACAGCUUGGGGGCUUUUCCUUGUGCUAGUGUACUGCUCUCUUUCGGGGCUGGCAGCAGUUUACACAGAGAGGGUGUUGAAGAGCCAGAAGCUGCCCCUUAGCUUGCAGAAUCUCUACCUCUACAUGUUUGGAGUGGCCAUUAAUGGGCUGUCGUCCUUCUCCUCUGCAACAAGCGACAAGAGCUUUCUGGAGGGCUACUCGUGGGUGGUCUGGGUCAUCAUAGCAGGACAAGCGGCUAAUGGACUCCUGAUGUCUGUGGUUCUUAAGCAUGGCAGCGGGAUCACACGACUGUUUGUCAUUUCCUCUUCCAUGCUGGUUAAUGCUCUGUUGUCUUGGGUCAUGUUAGGUUUGCAGCUUACCCCUUCCUUCCCCUUACCUGUUGCUAUGAUUGGACUGGCAGCUUACCUCUAUUACAGAUAGUAGAGUCUUAAUCAAAGGAGCCGCCCUCAUAGAGCCCUCAGUACAGUCCGACACCUUCAGGUUUGGUUUAUUUUCUGCCUUCUUUCCAUCUGCCUUGGACUCUUCAUUCAGAUUCCAACACGUGUUUGACUUGUACCACUAUUUUUACCAUUAGUCAUAAACGAUAAUAGAGCUGAUGAGUUCAUUUAAAGUUAUUAUGUUACACUGUUACAGUAAAUGUAUUCCAUGAUGCAAGUAAUUAUUGUAUUUUAAAUCAAAACAUUUCUUCUGAAAAGUGCUGCUACAUUUUGUAUCACAUUCUCUGCCAAAAACGAUGUCGGAGACAAAGUGUUACACAACCAAUAAAUGGUCAAAAAGUAA